CGUAGUGUAAUGUAACGGGAAAAAAAUUGACAGCGUUACUUGUACGGCUUAUCUUAAUGCGCCUGUUGAAGGAAUCUGAGACCUAUAAUUUUUAAAUUGUGGAGAACAAAUAUGCCUAAGAAGCAAAAAGUGUUUAAGCGAUUCAAUGUGGGAGAUUAUGUGUUUGCCAGACUUCAAGGCUACCCACCAUGGCCUGCUAAAGUUACAAGUGGCAGUACAAGGAAUUACAAAGUUUUUUUCUUUGGAACUGCGGACACCGCAACGAUUAAAGUCCAAAAUAUUUUCAAAUAUAAAGAAAAUAAAAACAAAUUUUGUACUGCACGGAAAUUAAAUCAGCCCAAUUUCUGCAAAGCAAUUCAAGAAAUCGAAGAUGCUAUUAAAGCCAAUAAUACUUGUAGUGACAAGGAUGUAGCCACAAGGCGGGCAAAUCGCAAAGUUCUGCAGAAAGGUGUUAGUGCUGAGGCAAAACCAUCUAAAAUCACAAAUUCAAAUAAUCCAAGAGCAGCAACGGUGAAAUUAAACUAUAAUAACAUGUUGUUUGCCAUGCUUCCAAGUCAAAAAUGCAUUGCCAUAACAUUUGGUAAGAAUAAACCGAAAUCAUUUUCAUCUGUUAGUGAACGUGUAGAAUGGGAAGCCACAGCACGGAAUAAAGCGGAAUCAUUAAAAGAACGUUUAGAAAUUGGUGAAAUUACACCAGAUUUAGUAAAAAACAUGCCUAUCGUGGAAGUUCCAUUUGAAGACCUUAACUCUGAAAUUUCUGCAAUUCUUAAUGCGAAAAUGGUUGAGCGUAAAACCGUUCUCAUUGCUGAGAAGGAUUUUGUUGCACUAUUCCAACAAUUACGAAAAUGCUUAGGAUUGAAAAGUGCAAGUGUUGAUAGAUGUCUCGAUAUAUUGGACAAGAUUAAGAUGUUUCAGAUAAAUAAAUUGUCGUUGCUUCGCAAUCCCGAUUGCAUAGACAUCAUGCGCCGGUUGUGUCGCUAUGUGGGAAACCUUGCCAAUUGGAAUUUAAGCAGCGACGAUCUUGCACGAUUUGUAACCAAAGCUGCAACAAUCCGUGAAAAAGCUAUUAGCAUAUAUAAUAACUUUAAAAAAUUGUGUAACUAUAAUGGCGAAAAACAGUUUUGGAAUGAGUUUAGUGAAGAAGCAAAUGCUUUUGAAGAGUUAACACGAAACUUUACCGUAGAACAUCGCUUGUUACUAACCAAAACUACAUAUCAGAAAUUAUUAUCUAAGCAAGUGAGUGUAAGGGGUCAAGUCGAGGAAUCUAACUCAAAUUUAACUGGAAAAUAAGAAUGAAAUUAUCAUACUAAGUGAUGAUACCUAAGAUGCUUUAACGAUAAAUGCUUAGACUUUAAUAUACCAGUUUAAUAA